AUGGUACCUAAGGCGACACAGGACGCAAGGGUGGAGCCUGUUGUGCGUGUCGCUGCAGUAGAGUGGUUACUCACGUUGGACCAGCGCAUGUACUACGUGAUCACAACGUGGAUCAGCUGCGAGAUGCAGGUAGGGGCACGAGAGGGGUCGGCGAGUGCGACGGUGGUCACUAGCAGACUAGCACAGCGUCUCAAAUCAAACUUUUCUGGCCCGCUUGUAUAA